AAGGCCUAACUUCGCUUGUCGGUCACUAGAGGACUUAGUGAUAUUCAGACAGGCCAAUUCCUUCAACAGAAUGUAUGCGAUAGGCAUUUUGGUGUUUGUAACAGUUGCCGUAUUUCACCAGGCUUCUGCAACGUUACCAGAAUGCGAUGGGAGUCAGUAUGACUUGGUGUUUGUCCUCGAUUCGUCCAGCAGUGUGGGAGAACAAAACUUCACAGUGAUGAAAGACUUUGUGAACGACGUCAUCGAAAACCUGGACAUUGGACCUACCAAGACAAGGAUUGGCCUGAUCACCUUUAGCCGAUAUCCGAUCCUUAGAAUAGCACUGAACUCGUAUGGAGAUAAAACACUUCUUAAGGCAGCAGUCAACAAUGUUCCAUAUGUUCCAGGGGCUACGGAGACGGACGCAGCUAUAGAACUGUUGGUUCACGUUGGAUUCGCAGCCUCCAGAUCUGACGUACCUAACAUCGCAAUUGUCGUAACUGAUGGCCACUCCAUUAACCAUAACCAAACCGUCGAUGCAGCUAACGAUGCUAAACAGCGAGGUAUAACCAUGUUUGCUAUUGGAAUCGGCACUUACAUCAACCCCGACGAACUAGAAGCAAUCGCCUCCGUCCCCGUCGACAGGUAUAUGUAUGUGGUCAGCAACUUCAAUGCACUGACCAGAAGCGUGGCCGGAAUCACCGCGAGAACGUGUAAUGAGACAGCCAAACCUGCGUCAACUCCUGCUCCAACUGUUGUUACGUCAUCAUUCAACGCAUCAACAGACGCCAAGGCUGAGUGUAAUCAAACCAUAGCCGACAUAGUGUUCAUAUUGGACCAGUCUGGUAGCGUAGGGGUAAAGAACUGGGAGCUCAUGAGAACUUUUGUCAUCAACAUCGUGGAUUUCUUGGAUAUUGGCUCAGACCUGACAAAGGUCGCGGUGAUUACCUUCAGCAACUACCCAGUGAGAAGGCUGAGUUUGGACGCGUUCACAGACAAGCAAGCCCUUAUCAACGCAAUCAAUCAAAUCCCUUAUUACCCAGGUAAUACAGAAACGGACAAGGCGUUCGACUAUCUAUUAGCUCAUGGGCUGGAGGGUGACAGAAAGGGGGCACCCGACCUUGCCAUUGUGGUCACCGACGGAUACUCAAGCGCACCUGAUCUGACAAAAAUAGCUGCAGACAAAGUUAAACAGCAGGGCAUUGGCGUUUUUGCUAUAGGAGUGGGGAGUGAGGUUCAAAUGUCAGAACUGAAUUACAUAUCAAGCGAUCCAGACAGCAAUUUCGUCUACUUUGUAUCAAACUUCACCCAGUUGUCUAGCAUUGAGAACGCUGUUGCCAAAUCAACGUGUGAGGCACCACAACUACUACCCACGACAACUACAACAACAACAACAACACCCAUACCAACAAUAGUACUAUCGACUACCACUAGGACGACGCAAGAUCCACCCAUCAUCACCACAACCACCACCACAACCACUACUACACCAGCGUCAACAACAACUGGAACCACGUUGCCGACAGCACCGCCUUGCGUCGCCAAGGUAGCUGAUGUUGUAUUUGUCGUUGAUACAUCUGGAAGUGUGGGGGGCGAAAACUUCUUGAAGGUUAAGAACUUCAUAAAGGAGACGAUAAACGUGUUCGAUAUCGGGAGCCAGUACACUCGUAUUGGCGUCAUCACCUUCAGCACCGCGCCUACGCUCCAGUUCAAUUUGACGUCCUACAGCACUAAAGCCGACAUCUUGGCGGCUGUUGACAGAAUACCCUACACACAAGGAAGCACUGAUACAGCGGCGGCCAUGGAAAUGCUGCGCCAAGAAGGAUUCACAAACGAACGGACAAACGACCCCAACAUAGCGAUUGUGAUCACUGAUGGCUACUCACGGGACCCAAAAAAUACUCUACGACAGGCACAAUUAGCUAAGGAAAGUGACAAUGUGACGUUGAUUGCAAUUGGAAUCGGAAAUGAAACGGAUUCCGACGAACUGGAGGGACUAGCCUCAACGGAUAACAUGAAUAAAAGCCUUGUUUACCAAGUAGGCGACUUUGAAGCCCUCAAGACCCUGGAAAAAGUUGUGGCUACGGUUGCAUGUGGUCUGGUGAUUGUUACCCCACCCUCGCGCAUCGUCACAAUGCCCCCCGUGACAACAAACUCGAGUGACUGCUUUGAUGUUGAAGCCUGUUCAAGAUACGGACAGGACGACUGCAAGGAUUAUCACCCAUAUAUGGCAAAAAACUGUCGCCUCUUCUGCGGCUUUUGCCAAGGUCCUCCAACCACUCCGGCCCCCUGUGUAGAUCCGGUGGAAUGUUCGAAUUACGGAGUAUACAUAUGCACGACAACUAGUCUUUUCAACUGGGCUAAUGAACACUGUCCUAAAUAUUGUGCGUUCUGUGGAGGCGGCACUCUCCCCACUGAUUCACCUCAUCCUGUCACCCAGAUAGCUCCCACUCGUCAGACCGAUACAUCUGUCUGUGCUGACUUGGUCAACUGCGCGGAAUACGGAGCGGAUGUGUGCUUGAACCCACAAUACACGGCGUGGACGUCCCACAACUGUCGGGAAACCUGCGGCUUCUGCUCCAAAUAUACCAUCAUCCCCGAAACGACCCUCCAGAACAAUAUCACAUGUCCGGCCUGGAAGCUGCCUAUCGGCUGUACCCUAGAUAUCAGUUCGGACGCGACGUUCUGCCCUAUGCCCCAAUGUCCCAAUGGCUUUACUCUCAGUGCCCUAGGUGGCAGACAGCCCUGAAUAAGACUGUUAUCACAUGUCUAGUUGCUCAUAUAUCUUAACCAUCUAGAUUUGUAUGUUUAUGCAAAAUAGUGCUUUAUAUCGAUCAGAUUGAAGCUUGUAUAUAGAAUAUUUCUUGUAUCAUGAAAUGAAUAAAGUGCUUGGGAUUGGUUACAAAGUC